UCCUCCAUCGCGUCGGCAGUAGCAGUGGGUCUUAGUCUCGUUCAUUGUGUCUGUAGAGUUGCAGGUCAGAAGUAAUCGGUACUCGAGUCUGGGGAAAGGGUUACACCAUUCGACCUAAAAGAGCACCGGAAUUACGGAGAUACAGAUUCGGGAACUGUGAAGUGUCUACAUGGCAGUCAGAAGGGGCCACAUUAGAUACUUGAAAGAAGUUUAUGACAUGUCUAACGGUUACGAAGACCACAUGGCUGAUGAGGCAAAGGAUGCCAAAACAAACCUGAUUGUCAACUACCUCCCCCAGAACAUGACCCAGGAUGAGCUGCGCAGCCUGUUCAGCAGCAUUGGGGAGGUGGAGUCUGCCAAACUCAUCCGCGACAAAGUGGCAGGUAAAGCGCUUUCUACACAAGGCCCUUAUCAGGGAGACAACAGCCACAGUUUAGGGUAUGGUUUUGUUAAUUAUGUAAACCCUAGUGAUGCAGAAAGGGCAAUCAGUACACUCAAUGGGCUGAGACUACAGUCUAAAACAAUCAAGGUUUCUUAUGCUCGGCCAAGCUCUGACACCAUUAAGGAUGCAAAUCUUUAUAUUAGCGGGCUGCCGAAGACAAUGACGCAGAAAGAUGUAGAAGAUAUGUUCACGAGAUAUGGACGCAUAAUCAACUCUCGUGUCCUUGUCGAUCAGGCCUCAGGUUUGUCAAGGGGAGUUGCCUUUAUUCGCUUUGACAAAAGGUCAGAAGCUGAGGACGCAAUCAAAGACUUGAAUGGUCAGAAGCCACCAGGUGCCGCAGAGCCCAUCACAGUCAAAUACGCUGCGAACCCCAACCAGACCAAGAACACAGCAUUGCUCUCGCAGCUUUACCAUUCACAGUCACGACGCUUUGGAGGGCCAGUACAUCACCAGGCCCAGAGAUUUCGGUUCUCUCCCAUGAGUGUGGAUCACAUGAGCGGUCUGUCUGGAGUAAAUGUUCCCGGAAACUCCACGUCGGGCUGGUGCAUCUUCGUCUACAAUCUGGGCCAGGACGCAGAUGAAGGAAUCCUCUGGCAGAUGUUUGGCCCCUUUGGCGCAGUCACCAACGUCAAAGUGAUCCGAGAUUUUAACACCAAUAAAUGUAAAGGUUUCGGUUUUGUGACCAUGACAAACUACGAAGAGGCUGCUAUGGCCAUCGCAAGCCUCAAUGGCUAUCGCCUUGGGGACAAGAUCUUACAGGUCUCAUUCAAAACCAGCAAGUCUCACAAGUAAUUUCUUGCACUCACGUGUUUUCUAUAAAAUAACUAAGUUGACACAGUUGAAAAGGCAAAUUUUUCUUUUUGUUAGUGUAAUAUCCAUUCGGCGCCAAUUUUCACAAGUGUUUUUUUUUGUCCUAGUCUGUAUAGGAAAGUGUAGGAAGAUUGAUACUCUGGGAUGCAACUAACGUGUUCAAAUGUUUUUUGAGAUAUCCCACAAUCUAUUGACCAAUUCUGAGUUUCUGAAUUAAUUUGUAUGUCUGCAAUGCUAAGAGUACAGAAGUUUCUUGGUAAUGUCACUAAAGUAUGUGCCAUAUGCAUGGUAAAACAAAAAUCACAGCAUGCACUGUCUUUAUAAGUCUCUGGUUCUCUACACUAAGGUCACAUUGCUUUUAAGAUGCUGUCCGCUUUAGUUUUAUGUAGUUAAGAUUAACCAUACAGAAUGCAAGAUACCUUAGCUUUUUUUUGUUGUGUUUUUUUUUUGUUUUGUUUUGUUUUGUCAAUCGCUUAAAUUUGUUUGGCAGAGUAUUGCAAAUCUAUGAAAAGACUAAUAAGAAGGUAAACUUUCCCACCCAUAAGUGAAUCGGAGUUCUUGUAUAGGCAUAGCAUGCUGGAACCAUAUUCAACAAACCUAGUAAGAUGUGGCAUAUUCAUUGCAGGAGAUGUAUUGAACAGCCAGCAAGAGGCAAAAUAAAUAGUUUUAAAGUUCCGUUUUGAAAGGGACCUUGUUAGACCAGCUACUUUUAGGGAAGGACCAAAGAGUUCAGAGGAACUUGAGUUAAUGAAACCUGAACACAACUGCAGGGUGAGUUUUAACCAAGAUAAAGGAAGUUUUAUCUCACAAACAAUGAUGAAAGAAUCACUUGAAUUUAAAAACGAGAGAAAUCACUAAUGACAGAAUUUCAGCUACCAGAAUUUGAGCAUUCAAGUUUUCUUGCAUCCCUUGUAGCUGGUUCCAUUUUAUUU